UAGGCAUUGAAAUUAUCCACGAUGGAGGCAAAGGAAAGAAGACAAAGAACAGGAGGCUACAUGUGUAAAGAUAGUUCAUGAUGGUCGCAAUGUGAGAUAGGAACUAGGAUUGGGAUAGGAUGCCAAGUGGCAGCACUGGAAAUCGAAAAGAAAGAGAAAAGCAAGAAAAACAUCCAAUUAUAUCCCACUGCUGACCAGUUCGUGGGAAGGCAGGCAGGCGACUUGAACAAGGCGGCAGCAAAUUAGUCAAUCGCCCAUGAGGAGGCGGCUGAAACGACCAUGUUAUCAUUAUUCAUCAAUAGGUGUGUCAAGAAACCAUCAUCAUCAGAUCAAAAGAGUAAUACUACCGGUACCGGAGGUGGUAAGAAAAAGAUGAAGGAGGAAGAGGGGGUACAAAUUAGAGAUAGAGAUGGGGGGGAGGAGGGGGAGGAGCAGCAGCGGAAAUCAAGGUCUCCUUCUCCAUCUAACUGUUGCCCCUCCUCCCCUAAUUGCCUUGGCCGAACCAACACAACUAUGAGUGCCGAUCAUCGUCGUCGCCGUCGCCGUCAUAGUCGUCAGGCUAGCAUUAAUUCUCGGGAUUCUAAGCUCAGCGGGGAUAAACUCACCACCGUGACGACGACGAGAACAUCUAGAUCCAACUUUGCGAAAUCCACGACUUCAACUCUGUUCCUUGGCACUGAAUUCACCAACCAUGAAUCCCUCCCUUCCCUGGCCGACGCCCUGUCUAGCUUCACCCAAACAUAUCCCCACUUCAAGGACACCCAGCGAGUGGAUCGCAUCAGACUCCGCCAUUACCCCCACCUCUCCCACCACGUAUGCCUUGACUACGCCGGUUUCGGCCUCUUCUCCCAUUCACAGCUACAAUCUCAUCAUUCCCCUCAUUUCUUUGACGUCUCUUGCAAAGCAGCCGCCAGCUUGACAUCCCAAGUCAAUUACGGUAACCCAGCUGCUGAGACGGGGUUGGAGUCAGCAAUCAGGAACAGGAUCCUGACUUUCCUCAACCUAUCACCGGAGGAUUACAGCUUGGUGUUCACCGCCAACAGGACCAGUGCCUUGAAGCUACUGGCGGAUCCAUUCAGCAGCUUGAAGAAGGCUCUGGGAUACAGCAGCAGCAGCAGCAGCAAGAAAGAGGAGAUCAAGAAGAGGUCGAGGGGCCUUUUUGUGUUCCCACUGCAGUCGAGGAUGACAGGAGCAAGGUAUCCGUAUCUGUGGAUGAGGAUGGCGCAGGAGAGUGGGUGGCAUGUGCUUCUUGACGCUUGUGCGUUGGGCCCAAAGGACCUCGAUACCCUUGGCCUCUCUCUAAUCCAACCGGACUUCCUCGUCUGCUCCUUCUUCAAAGUUGUAGGCGAGGUCCCCUCUGGGUUCGCCGCCCUCCUCGUCAAGAAAUCCAGUGCCAGCUCCCAUCUCUUGGGGACUACAUCUGCGGUGUCAAGGGGCAUUGGGGCCAUCAGGAUCAUCCCAGCAGCGACGUUAUUGCGGUCUCAGCUCACUGAUGAUUUCUCAGGCACCUUCUCAGAAAACGAUACUGCAGCAAAUUUGUUCCCUGCUCCACCAUUGUCGGGUCAGAUCUGUAAUAGCACCAGGGACGCAUCCAAAAAGCAUUACAGUGUGAUGGGAGCGAAAACCAGUGAGACAUGCCAGACACUACUGUCUGCCUUAUCUGAUGACGAUGAUCAGAAUGAAGUUGUGGAAAUAGUGGAAGCUGGGAAGAUGCGGAGCGCCAAAGCAGAUGCUGGGAUAUUCGAAUGCAUGGGUUUGGAUCACGCGGACUCUCUAGGUCUAUUGCUUAUUAGUAGCAGACUCAGAUAUAUCACCAAUUGGCUAGUGAUGGCACUUACCAAACUGCGUCAUCCUAAUUCUUCCUCAGAGGCUAAUGGUCAUCCCUUGGUUAGGACCUAUGGGCCGAGAAUAAAGUUUGAAAGAGGGCCUGCAAUAUCAUUCAAUGUGUUCGAUUGGAAAGGAGAAAAGGUGGAACCUGCUCUUGUGCAGAAGCUAGCGGACAGAAGCAACAUCUCACUGGGUUGUGGGUUUCUACACAACAUUUGGUUCUCAGACAAGUAUGAGCAAGAGAGAGACGGAGUUUUGGAAACAAGGAGGAGGAGCGUUUGUCAUCAGACCAACAAAAAGAUCAAAGAUCAUGAGGGAAAUAUUGAUCUUGGAAUAGCUGUGGUGAAUGCUUCACUUGGUUUCCUGGCUAAUUUUGAAGAUGCUUACAAGCUCUGGUCCUUCAUUGCUAGAUUCCUGGAUGCCGAUUUCGUUGAGAAGGAGAGAUGGAGAUACAUGGCCCUUAACCAGAAGAUGAUUGAGGUCUAGAUUUUAGUGUUACCAAAAUUAAGUGUCAAGUUAUAAUUAUUCAUUCUAGUUAUACAAGAGCUGCUAAGCGUCUGUUUUCAUGCAGAAGAACAUCUACAUACAGCAUGGUUUUAUUAA